UAUGACUUGAUCACCCGUUGACUCUCGCCACUGGUGGGCGUUAUUACUUUGCCAAGCAAAGUGCUUUCGCUUCGAGAUACAUGAGAAUUUGCAAGUAACGUUGCUGCGCGGCCCUUUGUAAAUAAACAGCAAACAGCUUAGUUAAGUGUAAGGAGCUCGAGGAAGUAAUGAUGAAGAUCUGCGGUCCAAAGUAUGCCCUUUGUGGCCUUGUUAUUUCUGUGUGGGGCAUUUUCCAACUUGUUCUGAUGGGUAUUUUCUUUUACAUUAGAAGCGUUGCCCUUGUCGAAGAUCUUCCUUUGGAUGACAAAACUUUUGCCAAGGCUGAGGAGUUCUACAUGGCAGCGGACAGUGGAUUCACAAGGAAUGCUUACAAUUGCUGGAUAGCAGCUUGCAUUUACGUAUUAACAUUCUUAUUUUCCGGUCAUCAAUUUUACCUUAAUUCAAGAUCCUCAUUAAGCGUCUGAUUACUGGACGUUUAUCAACGUUGUAACGCGGUCAUCUUUCCAAGAGAGAGAUAUAACAGGUCGAUAGAUUAACGAUUUGCACUUAUGUGCAUCCUUGUAAAGAUUAGAUGAAAUUUGAUUUUUGUUUGUGCAAGUUAUGAUGAUGCCUUGUAUUAUAACUGUGCCUCUUUACGUUUCUUAUUAUAUUCAUGUAAAUAAACACGGAGUUGAAAAUUUCCAUAAUAUAAGAUAUUUAAAUG